AAGUUUUCAGAAUGACUUCCUUGGUUGACACGCCCCUGAAUUAUGAAGAGAUGUUUGCUCAUCGAUUCACAUCAGAUGAUAAAGAAUACCAAGAAUAUCUGAAACGCCCUGCAGAUCCCCCUCCUAUAGUUGAAGAAUGGAGAAACAGAUCUGGUGGCAACCAGAGAAACAGGGAUCGGUUUCAAGACGGUAGAUAUUUUAGAGGGGACAGAUACAACUGGCAAGGUGACUAUAGAUCUAAUCAGAGGCCAGAAAGAAGCUGGGGUAAUAACUACCAGCAGCACAGACAAGGACAAUCAUACUCCUCCCACUACGGACAGUAUGGCUACAACUCCUACAGCCCGGGGCCUCGUUACCAUCCCUACUGAUUAUACUUGUAGUUUGCAGGUCCAGUAAUGCUAUGUAACAAAUUCAGUUAGACUUCAGCUUUCUUAUUUUUCCACAGUUUUACAGAUAACUAAAGAAUCAGUAUUACGAUCCAUUGCUGUUUAUCUGUGCUGUGAAUUGAAAAAGGGAGUACCUUUUAUGAAUAAUAAAAGCAUAUUAUGUGAGGUUUGUUUAGAGUCUGUAGAUCUUAGAUUACAUUUCUGUCUCAUUUUUUUGUCUGAAUACAUACUAGCACACUUUUCUUCCAUCACUGAGAUUUCUCUCUGUUACGUUUUAGAAGACAGAACGGGUCAGGGGAAAACAGCUGUGGUUUGUGUGCAGCCUGUAGCAGUGGCACAUUGCCUUAAGAUAGCUCUUUUUGAAAGUGACGUUCUGUGUCUUUGGAGAGAAUUUUUUAGUUUGGCUUUUGAGAGUGAGAAAAGCUCAGUUUGGUUUGAAUUUCAGAUGCCUUAAAACUGAGAAGAGAGAUGCUAUUACGGAA